UUAUAUUAUUAACAACUUUCUAUAUGAUCCUUUAUUCUUUUAUGCACCUUUCAUGUUAUCGCAUGAGAUUGUGAAAAUUGAGAUGAGAUUUGUGAAAAAUAUAUACACCGUAAGUGAAAACAGAUAACACAGGACUGGUUACGAGACGCUUAAAAAAAUUGCCGUUACGCAAAUGAGAAAGAAAAAGAGAGACAACAUUCCAAUCAUCAAGUUUCUGCUGUUCAGCAGUUAUUAACAAUUCCGCGCUCGAUCAACCGUCCUUCGAGAUACUGAGAACUGUUCGUGCAAUGAACGUCGAUCGUUUUCAUAAUGUUAAUAUAGCACGCGAAGAUUUAUCUUAAAAUCCCAUAUAAUGCGGGCAUAAAUAAUAUAUAUAUAGUAUAUAGUUUACAGUUAUGAAGCAUCGAUAAAUAAUUUGACGCUUCAUUUAUGAAUUCUACAUAAUUUACUUAGUUCUGAUCGAAGAAUGUACUACUAUCCGUUAGUCAUAAUCUCGCGAUUCUAUGUACUUACUGAUGUAUCAAUACAAAAAUCAUUCACACUGUGUGGCGAGACUUGGGGCACGAAAAAUGUUUAAUACCAAAGACGUCGGCAAUGGCAAUGAAACAGAUGCCACACGAGCUCUUUCAGAACAUAACCGAUUGACGAAUCUUCUGACAGUGAUUAUUACGGAAAAUGAGUUCAGAAGCUUGGGAAUUGGAAAGACGGUACUCGGUACCAGGAGCUUUGGAUACCAGAGGACUCGAACCACCAGCUAGCGAAGAUUUACACGCGUGGUCUAUAUACAGGCAAAACCUUAAUUCUGAUUUCACGGACUCAGCGUUGGGUUCGGCCGAAAAAUCACCGUUGCCGUACGGUAACUUUCAACUUCGAGAUUCAACGGUACAAAGUAUACUAAGACAUCCGAGAUACGGUCCAAAGAGUCCACUUGCCAAUAACUCAUAUACGUACUUGAAAUUUGGUCUACCGCGUGUAUUACCACCAACUUCGCGCAAUCGUGAUGGUUCCAGCGGUUAUGACUCUAGCGAAGAAGGUCGGCGUAUGUCGCAAGUUGGUGCAGCAUCUGCACCAGGAACCUCGGCUAUGCGUUCUGCUAGAAGUGAUCCAGAUUUUAGACACGUACACGCUUUACCUAGGGAACAAACGCACUCUCAACUUACGGUAACUAGGGAUAAUUCACGCUUCAGAAGCGUCAGCGAAGCUAAUUUGCUUCAAAAUGCUAUUACGACUAAUCGACGACAUAGUAUUGCACCAAUUGAUCCCGGUUAUGCAGGACCUAGUCACAAUAUCAUAAGACCUGAGGAUUAUGCAAUGUCAUUGAGAGCUAUACCUUGCAUUCAACAUCCACAUUUACAACUUCGCGGUGUAGAGACUAUAGGCUCGGAUGGUCUACCAUUACUUCGCGGUAUUAAUUUGGAAGUUGGAGCAACUGAGGUAUUAGCUAUAAUGGCCACUACCGAAAAAGAAGGGACACAGAUCGUAGAGACAAUCGCUGGUAAAAAAGUUAUCAAGAAAGGUGAUAUUCUUUUGAAUGGCCGAUCCGUAUCCGCUCGUAUUUUGAGAUCUCGCGUUGCUUACUUACCAACAGAGUGUGGACUAACUCCUGGUCUGACGACGCAACAAACUUUAAAUUUCUACAUGUUGUUAAAAGGAGGAAUUAAUAUUACGACAUUAGAAGCCGAAACAAUACUGUUGGAGCUUGGAUUGGAAGCAACUAAACACUGUCUUGUGAAUACAUUAACGACGUCUGAGGCACGGAGAUUAGCUUUAGCUUGUCGUCUUUUGCAAGAUUCGCAUAUUCUUACAUUAGACAGACCUACGCAUGGUUUGGAUAUUUUCGAUGCUUUUUUCUUGGUAGAAUAUUUAAGACAAUGGGCUGGAAGAGAGCAGAGAAUUGUUAUUUUAACAUUACACCCACCAACUUAUGAAAUAUUAACAAUGGUAUCCAGAGUUACCCUCACUUCGGGAGGUAGAAUUAUGUAUUCUGGACUUAGAAGAGAUAUGUUGCCAUAUUUUGCACUUGCCGAAUUUCCCUGUCCUUCCUUCAAAAAUCCGUCCGAUUAUUAUCUUGAUUUGGUAACUUUGGACGAUCUAUCGGCAGAGGCAAUGUUAGAAUCCUCACAAAGAAUAGACCAUUUAGCAGAAUUAGCUAGAACUAGAUUACCAGCUUUAAGUGAUCCUGGACCACCUUGUCCACUGCCACCAGCUAUUUCUAAUGCUAAUGUAUUUGUACAUAUUUAUGCUUUGUUAUUGAGGAUUCUUAUCUACAGUCAACCUCUUACAAUGACAAAAAUGCUUCAGAAGAUUGUUAUUUCAGCAUCUCUCAGUAUUUUAUUGGGUGCAAUAUUUUGGAACGUUGCUAGAGAUUCUAAUCUAUAUUUGAGAGAUAGAAUAGGUUUUCAUUAUGCCAGUUUGGGUAUUUUUUGCUGGCCUCUUAGUAUUUUAGCUAUACGUGAAGUCGCUAAUUGUAGACCAAAUGUAGAAAGAGAUAUCAGAGAUGGGCUCUAUGGAAGAUUUAUUUAUAUCUUUAUAGAGCUGUGUUGUGGUUUACCAAUUUGGUGUCUGGUAUAUUUAGUAUACUUAGCACCAGCAUUUGCAAUGUGUGGAUUACAUUUAGUACCUGAUGAAAACUUAACAUCUUUAUGGAACUACCUUGCUAUUGGUUUAUUAUACCUGAUGUUACAGCACUUAAUAUGCAUACUUUUUGCUCAUAUAUGCAGAUGGACAUAUCUUGCAGCUUUAUGUUCUGCUAUUAUAAUUGGUGAAUUAAGUUUGGCUGCUGGAGUGACAUUACACUUAGAGAAUUUACCGUUGUGGUAUAGACAAAUUAGUCCCAUGCGAUGGGCAUUAUCUUUAUUACUUCCUCCUCUUCAUGGGCCAGAAAGUAUGAGCAAAUUAACCAACUGUAAACCCAAGCAAGUUCUGCGCCAAGAUAUUAUUUUUCAAAAUACGUGUGAACCAUCGGAUGGUAGUUUGGCGUUGCUUGAAAUAGCAUUCGAUAAAUUUGAUCUACAAAUAGAAUUAUGGAUGGGUGUAGGAGUAGCUAUACUUAUUGUACUUAUUAUGUUGGUAUUUUUAAGUAUUAAGUAUAAUACUUUAAAACGACCUCGAAGUGCACCGAAUAAACCUUGAGAGACAUUAAUCAUA